UUGAGCAGUAUAAACAUAAGCCUUCUGUUCAUCUGUUUUAGAACUUUGUGAAGGAUUCAUACUAAAGAGAUUUGCAAGUGACAUAUGAAUGCUUGCUGAAAAUGACUAAGGAAAAAAGGAUUCUUCAUUUUGUGGUACUCAGUAUUGUUCUAAAUAUUUCAUUGGGAGGAAAGCCGAUGCCCAAACUGGCCAACAAGAAACUGUGUGCUGAUGAAGACUGCAGCCAUCCUAUUUCAAUCGCUGUGGCAAAGGAAGAUUAUAUGGGUCCUGACUGCAGGUUUCUCAAUGUGUGGAAAGGACAGCGAAUCUAUGUUUACUCCAAACUGAGAGGGAUGGGGCGUUUAUUUUGGUCUGGCAGUGUCCAGGGUGACUACUAUGGGGAGCAAAUGGGAAAACUGGGAUAUUUUCCUAGCAGUAUUGUGGAAGUAAUUAACCAGCUGAAACCAGGAACAGUAGAAGUCCCAACUGAACUCUGGGACUUUUAUUGCUUCUAAGAAACAGUGUGAAGUUCACAGCCAAACCAGCUAGAAGACCAAAUGACACCUUGUACGCCAAGUGAAGCUGUGCAACUUUAACCACCAGACUUCCCUCUUUCAAGUUUUCUUUAAAAUGCAUUAUUUCCUCUCAUAAAAAAAUCUGUAUUAAAUGCAAAUAAAACAGAUUUUCAAGCAUUA